GCUCUGUAUUAUAUGUACCUGCUCAUGCUCAUGGGGACAACAGGCUGUCCCGUUCUCCCUUUGUCCCUUUGCUUAUAGCGCUGUAGCAGGCUUAGCGAGGGCUCCGAAAUGUUUGUAAUAUAUAGAUGAGGUGGCGUGCAGGGGAACUCCAGCCCUUGGCUCCAUUGUCCCCUUGGCUCACACUCGGGACUCUGUACCUGGGAGCUGCGCUGCGCAGCCAGGACCGCCUCCUGGGUGCCAGAGCCACCCCGCCCUCUGGGUCGCGUCCCGGGGAGCCGGGCGGCGAGGCUCCAGGACGGCCGCCAGGAGCAGGUGGGGGCGGCGGCUCCGCCUCCGCGUCCCGGCAGCGCCUAAGCCCAGCCGGGAGAGCUUGGAGCGCAGAGCCCAGCUCAGCCAGGCGCGCAGAAGCAACGCCAGGCACUGCCGGCAGAUCAACUGGGAUCCUCGAGGCGGCAAGAGGACAGGGACAGCGGGGACCGCGACUCCAGUAAAAGUCCAGUCGGCCCGGUUACGGCCAGCUGCAGACCAGAACCUACUCUCUUGGAGCCAUUUGUAAGCAAGAGACGCCAACGCUGUGUGACAUAUGCCGGUGCCACCACCACCACCCCCACCUCUUCCUCCACCCCCUCCACCUCUGGGGGCUCCUCCCCCUCCACCCCCACCAGGGCCCCCGAUCAGCACAGACGCUCCCAGCUUAAGGAAGUCAGAUCUGAAAGGUCGGAGUGCACUGUUGGCUGAUAUCCAGCAAGGAACACGCCUGCGAAAAGUCACCCAGAUCAAUGACCGCAGUGCCCCACAAAUCGAGAGUUCAAAAGGAACCAGCAAAGAGGGAGGAGCUGCUGGCAGCAAUGCCCGUGGAGGAAGCACGCCCCCUGCCCUGGGAGAUCUCUUUGCUGGUGGCUUUCCUGUGUUGAGGCCAGCAGGCCAGCGGGAUGUGGCAGGUGGCAAGACCGGACAGGGCCCUGGCUCCCGAGCUCCUUCUCCCCGGCUCCCCACCAAAGCCAUCAGCGGCCCCCUUCCCGCUCCUGCAUCCCCCAGGCUAGGCAAUGCCUCAGAUACACACAGCUCUGCCAGGCCAGUCCCUCCUCGCCCCAGUGUACCUGCCCCACCGCCUCCCACUACACCCCCACCCCCGCCUCCACCUCCACCUCCACCUCCACCUCCACCCCUCCCCCCAGCCUCCCCCAUCAAAGCCCCAUCGGUGUCCCCACCUGUCCCUCCAACCAAGGGGAAUCCGUCUGCGGUGCCAGCCCCUAUACCCUGCGUACCUCCCCUUCCGCCCCCUCCCCCGACUCCGCCCCCUCUGCCCCCAGCCUCAGCACUCAGUGAGAAGGCAGUGAGGCCCCAACUAGCCCCGCUGCACCUGCCACCCAUACCACCUCCGCUUCCUCUCCUGCCACCCUAUGGGUACCCGGCGCUCCACUCAGAGCCCAGCAGCCCUGCCCAGGACGUGAGAGAGCCACCAGCUCCUCCUCCACCACCGCCACCACCACCACCACCUCCACCACCACCGCUCCCCACCUACGCCUCUUGCUCUCCAAGGGCCGCUGUGGCCCCGCCCCCGCCCCCUUUGCCAGGCUCCAGCAACAGCGGCAGCGAGACUCCUCCCCCGCUGCCCCCCAAGUCCCCCAGCUUCCAGACGCAGAAAGCCUUGCCCACACCUCCAGGUGCUCCCGGCCCUCAGAUCAUCCUGCAGAAGAAGCGUCGAGGCCCAGGAGCCGGUGGGGGAAAGCUAAACCCACCUCCAGCCCCACCUGCAAGAUCGCCCACCACUGAGCUCUCCAGCAAAACCCAGCAGCCUGGAGGACAGCUGCGGAAUGGAGGCCAGCACGUGAUUGAUGACUUCGAGUCUAAAUUCACGUUCCACUCCAUGGAAGACUUUCCCCCUCCAGACGAAUACAAACCAGGUCAGAAGAUUUACCCCAGCAAGGUCCCCAGAAUUAUCUCUAAAGGCACUCCGGUGAGAAGAUGGUGACGUCAAGGUCCUGGGGUUCUGGACUAGACACCAGGACAACUCCUUGAGACUCUACUGUACUCAAGAUCUACUCCUUUGAAUGCAGGCACCGAACUGAGCAUUUAUUUUUUUUGUAAAUAAUGAUUUGCAUGAAGCCCUUAGGCACCAUGUUAGUCAACUUUCAUUUGAGUAACAUUUUAAUAUUUUUAAAACAAGCACCCUGACAUUUGUCCGUCUUGUACAGAUGGCUCCCGAUCCCGCCCUGUGGUGUCCACUGUGACUAGAACAUAUGCUUGCAGGCUGGUCCUUCGAGGAUUCUGAAACCUUUUCCAGAGCAUCCUUAGUUUUCGAGUAGUCCAAAAGUCAUAACUAUCCACAACAGCUUCUUAUUGGCAUGACUCUCAUCACUCCAACCGCAAAAUCAAACCAAAUAAUGCCUUAUAAACCACGCAGCUCAGAGGAAGCAGUGUGUCGCCAGGUCCUGGUGUUGCCACUCAGCUUCCAGUGAGCGAGAAGCCAUGUCUCGCUUCCUUUUAGCAGUACAGGGACGUCAUUUUGCUGCCUAAUGUGUGUAUAUAUAUAUAUAUUUAUAUCCCAAGGUAAAGGCUAGAGUGGGCGUGGCCCCUCCCAUGCCUUCCGCAGGGCCCCUUUUGUAACUGAAUUCUUUUACAGGUAGCCAAUGCUCUUACUGUUUACAGCAUCCCCAGCGCCCAGUCUUUACCGCUUUCCUUCAACACCUCCAAGUUCCCAGCUCCAUGCUGGUAGCCAGGGUAAAGUCAGCUUUAUGAGAUUUUGAUAUCCUCCCAUCCCUGUAGACUACGGUUGUAUAUAGCUCAUGAUUAUGAUAAGUUUAUUUUUACCUCAGAAGUCUCCCUCCCCAAACUCUACCCAGAGUGUAAGAUUUACAUGGAAAAUACAACAUAUAUUUAAAAAGAACAAGAAUAAAAGGAGGCUGGAGAAAUAGACCCACUGGUAACAUGCCUGCUAAGGACAUACACACAGAGCUGGAUGUGGUAACACACACUUGUUAUUCCAUUACUGGGGGAGCAGAGGCAGGCAGAUCCCUGUGACUCACUGGCCAGCCAAGCUAUUCAAGGAGCCUCAGGUUCCAGAAAGUGGCAUUGUCUCAAAAUACAAGGUGGCAACUCCUGAGGCCACAACACCCAAAGUUGACCUCUGGCCUCUUACAGGUUCACGCAUGACAUGUGUGCACACAUCCCACACAGGGACAUACACACUCAUACAGAAACACAUACGAAAGAGCAGAGCAGCUCUUGGAGCAUAUCUCAAAUAUCCUGCCCCAUUGGUAGGAGUCUCAGAAUACCCAUCAGCCCAAAGGACCUUCUCUCUGAGCUUCAUCUGAGAGCGCAGAUGGCUCUGUUGCCUGGUGGCGUGUGCCUGGGAUGCCCAGCAGUAAUAGGCAGCGAGUUCAGCUGUCCUGAAUAGACAGAGGGCCACGCCAGGCUGGGGCUGCUCUCUGCACCCUUCUUUGAAUCUCAAGGGAGAAAAGUAUGCUUUUGCUUCUUGUCAGGCCCCAAAUGCUCCCAUCCACUGGAGAGGGGAGGCUGUAGCAGAGGAGGGGGAAAUGGGAGGAAACAGUCCGAUCCCUCACUGUAUUCAGAAUAGCUGCAGACAGAAGAGAGGGGAAAUGAACAAUGGUGUGCUUUGGAGCACUCCGACCACAAGAACAUUAGCCCAGGCCGGGCCAUCAGGGGCCAAUGGAUUAGGAGAGUGUUCAGCUGUGUGUCUGCACACACCUGACUAUUGUUUGGAGCAAAUGUCCUGCAUUAGUGUCGUGCUUUCUCCUGCCAGAUAGGAGAAACUGAGCCAGGGUCAAGUUUCCAAAAUCUCUGGGGCAGUGACUCAAGCCGUUGUUACAGCCACAUCAGCAGACAUGACGGUUCUACGUUGCUGGUUUGUUACGGUGGCUCUGGAAGUGUGCAGAAAGGUCAGAAGCCACACUACUCUUCUCCUAGCCAUGCAGAGUAAUAAUCAUUAAAAAGCUUUCAUAACUACGAUGAGGGCCAUCAGGAAGGCAGUCCUGCCUUUGGAAUCAGUGAACUGUUCACAUACGGUGUAUGUUCACCAUGUAUUCACAUGGUGUAUGUUCUAUACUGCUGGCACAGGAAUUUAAACUAUUCAAGAGUGGGGGAGAUGUCUCUGUCUGUAGACAUCCUGCUGCCCAAGCAUGAGGACCGGAAUUCAUAUCCCCAGGACCUAUAUAAAAGUCAGGCAUGGGGGAAGCAUGUCUGUAAUCCUAGAAGUUGGGUAGAGGCAUCUGACCCCAGGAAGGUCGGUGGCCAGCCAACCUAGCAAAAUUUGCAAGUUGCAAGCUGCAGGUUUAGUGAGAAUAAGAUAGAGAUAGACCAAAAAAAGAUACCUGUAGAUGGCCUUUGGGCCUUCACAUGCAUGUGCACACAUGUGCCCUUGUUCAUAUGCACACACACACACACACACACACACACACACACACCCGUAUAUAUAAUACAUAAAUAUUUUUUACAAACUUAUUUAAGGGCAUAAGGAAGGAACAAGCAGAAACCAAAAAAUAGCAAGCAAGGAGCAUUCUCAGGGAUCUGGCCUAGCAGCUCUCCUCAAGACCUGUCACGGAGCCUACCACCUCCAAGUUCAAGUGGGUACGUUCGGUUCCCACCAGCAGUGUACAGGUUAGGCCUUUGACUGUGAACUCACGCAUGGAGUUGUCCCUGCUAUCCUUGCCCACCCCCACAUUGCAGACUGUGACCCUGCCCCAUGUCUCUGCCUGUAUUUUAUAUUUAUUGGUGUCUCCUGCUGCAAAAUCAUUCCUUUGUACCUAAUAAACUUUAAUAAGUGAGAA